AGCAGCAGGAGCUGCGCUCACCUGGCUCUGCUGACAGCCCGGACCCUCCAGUCCUCAUCAUGUGGCUUCUUUAUUGCACUGCCUGCUGUGGGACUUCAUAAUGUCAGCUGCAGGAGGGGUGCUGCCCAGGAUUACUCUGCCCUCACUGGCAUAACAUUGUGCCAUGUGUGCCAUCCCUGGUCCCCAGACCCACUCAUGGGAUGUGGCAUCCUAAAGUCUCGAAUCGUUUCUGGGCACCUGGGGACACUGAGGGCUCAGCCCAAAGUCUCCCUGCUGCUGACUAUGAUCUUCUUGUGCACUUUCUUCUUCUAUUGCCUGAGUGGCUCUUACUGUGACUCCCAAAUGAGCUUCGGAUCUUUGGGCACUGCGCAGUUGGCACCUGGGCGGUCUGCCUCUGCGGAGCCUUGGAUCAGCAGUGCCGGAGAGCUGCUGCACCCUGGAGAUGCCCAGCAGAACACAUGGCAUUCUGAAGAUACCCAGGAGAACAUACUGCACUCUGGAGAUGCCCAGCAGAACACAUGGCAUCCUGGAGAUACUCCGCAGAACACAUGGCACCCUGGAGAUACCCCGCAGAACACAUGGCACCCUGGAGAUACCCUGCAGAACACAUGGCACCCUGGAGAUGCCCAGCCAAACAGAUUGCACCCUAGAGAUACCCAGCAGAACACAUGGCACCCUGGAGAUGCCCAGCAGAACACAUGGCACCCUGGAGAUACCCCGCAGAACACAUGGAACCCUGGAAAUGCCCAGCCAAACAGAUUGCACCCUAGAGAUACCCAGCAGAACACAUGGCACCCUGGAUAUGCCCAGCAGAACACAUGGCACCCUGGAGAUGCCCAGCAGAACACAUGGCACCCUGGAGAUGCCCAGCAGAACACAGGGCACCCUGGAGAUGCCCAGCAGAACACUCGGCACCCUGGAUAUGCCCAGCAGAACACAUGGCACCCUGGAGAUGCCCAGCAGAACACUCGGCACCCUGGAGAUGCCCAGCAGAACUAUUUGCGCCCUGGUGCGGCACUUUUAGACACUUUUCCUCCAGGCACUGCACAAACUAUACCUCGUGCCAAAGCUGGCGCUCACACUGGCACUGUGGCAUUGUUUAACUCAGUAUUAUCUAGCAACAGGACAUCAGACCAGAAAUUUACCCACAGCCCCAGUGCCACCUUGGCGCACAGUAGCUUUGGAAGUAAAAAGUUUCCCCAAGCCAUCAUUGUGGGGGUGAAGAAAGGGGGCACCCGCGCCCUGCUGGAAUUCCUGAGGAUACACCCACAGGUCAGGGCGAUGGGGGCUGAACCCCACUUUUUUGACAGGUGCUAUGACAAGGGACUGGAGUGGUACAGGAAUUUGAUGCCUCGGACCUUAGAUGGACAGAUCACGAUGGAGAAGACUCCGAGUUACUUUGUAACCCCAGAAGCGCCGAGACGAAUUUACAACAUGUCCAAGGACACAAAGCUCAUAGUGGUGGUUCGAAAUCCAGUGACAAGGGCCAUCUCUGACUACACACAGACCCUGUCAAAAACUCCGUCCCUACCCACCUUCCAAGCAUUGGCUUUCAAAAACACCAGCAUGGGGACAAUCGAUACAACCUGGAGUGCCAUCCGUAUAGGUAUCUAUGCUAAGCACUUAGAGAACUGGCUCCAAUACUUCCCUCUCUCGAAAUUCCUUUUCGUCAGUGGGGAGAAACUUGUCAGUGACCCUGCCAAGGAGAUGGGGCGAGUCCAGGACUUUUUGGGAUUAAAGAGGGUUAUUACGGAUAAACAUUUCUACUUCAACAAAACUAAGGGAUUUCCUUGCCUGAAGAAACCGGAGGGAAGUGGCAAGCCAAGAUGUCUAGGCAAAUCCAAGGGUCGUCCACACCCCGAUAUUGAUAAGAUACUUUUGUCACGCCUUAAGGAGUUCUACCGACCGUACAACAUGAAGUUUUACCAGAUGACCGGCCACAACUUUGGCUGGGACUGAUGUUUUUGGAUGCCUUUGGCUAGACUGGUAUCUUUUAUAUGAUGAAAACGGGCAUUUACUUAGUUCUUCGAUGCAUUGGCCCUCUUCGGGGGCAAGUAUGCCAGAGUCCGCACCCCCCUUCUUAAAAAUAAGCGUUGGGGGGUAAAUGGCAUUGAAAAUUGUAAACUUACAAUCACUUUUGCCCACUUGUGGACUUGUAUGGGCUACUGAGUCGGGAUUAGGACAUUUUUUUUACUAUUGUAAUAUGUAUUUAUAUCAGAGUGAACAUUAUAUAUACUUAUGGUGUAGAGACCAAUAUUUCAAGCACAAGUAAUAAAAAAAAGAAAAU